GUUUCUUUCGAUCGAGCGCACAGACUGGAUUGCGCUCUAAAAGUUAGAAGGGCAGAGCUCGGAUGGUGGCGGGGCGCUGCAAACAGCGGCGGCAGGUGGUUUUCAAAGCGGAGUGUCAAGAUUCUUGGAUGGUUGAAGUACAACUACUAGGGGCGCCCCUGUUUUGAGGGUGCGAGAGUGGAAGCAGUUGGACGAAAGUCCAACCUUUAAACGGCGCUGGAAGCGACGAUGGAAGGCCUUGAACUCUUUGCUGGGAGUUCCCCAGCGGAACGGGCGCUGGCUGCAAAGCUGCAGCAGGUGCAAGGGGAGCUGGCGGAGUACAAGGAGGAGCAGCGCUACAUCGAGGCGCGUGUGAGCGCGCAAGCGCACAUCCUGAGGCUCCUUGAGGGGGAGCCCGAUCCUGGGAUGUGCAGCGGCUGUUACCUGAAGCUCAAGAGGCGAGUGCGGGCAUUAGAAGCAGAGCACCUCUCGUCUGCCGCUCUUGCUGCGCCGGCUCCUGAGGACAAGCCUGAGCGGGUUGUCCAGGCUGAGGGUUUAGAAACUGGGUCAGUUGAGGGUAAACAAGAGACGGGGGUAGAGGAGGAGCGGGCGGCCAGGCCUGUGCGGACGGCUCGAAGGCUCCCACGGCAGGUCGAAGGCGAGAGGGUUAAUGAGGGGUUAGCGGCGCUGACCCGUAUAAUGGUGGCGCCGCUGCAGCGGGAACAUAGUGCGGCAGACUCGGUUGCAGCCGUUAUCGACAGUACACGUCUGGCUGCAGCAGCACAUGGGAAAGUUCCCUCAAACGAUGACGGUGCGGCCGCUUGUGCUGAGGGGGACCAGGAAGAAAGCCAGGGCGAGGUGGAGGUCAGCAGUCACAGCCCCAGUAAGGGCCGCAUAGCGGUCCCCUUGGGAGGAGAUACCUCAGCAGAGACUUUCAAGCCUGCACCUCAGGCUGAGGAGCCUGUCGGGGGCUUUCAGGAGGAUAGCGGGGACUGUAGCGUGAACGGAGGCCUCAAGGAGGGGGGAAGCGAGGGGCCAGGGCAGAGUGCAAGGGGCCAGAGCCCCUUUGACAAGAGCGAUUACAAGUCGGUAGUCGAGGACGACCUCUCCUCUGAGGAGGGGAGCACCGCUCGGGCCGGAGGGGAGCCCGUAGAAACGGCCAAGGUGCUGGUUGGGCGGUCUCUGAACAGGGUCCUGAACCUGUCCACCAAGAGCACUGGGAGCAGUGCCAGCAGCAUCGUGGGGCCACCCCCCGAGAUGGAAAAGGGGAUGGACAGCAGGGGGGCGAGCAGUGAGGGGGCUGCCGAGAGCGAGUGGAAAGAUGCGAUAGAGGACGAAGAUGACUUGGAGGACGAUGGUGACUCCCGUGCCCCGAUAGUGAGCCCGGUUCUUGUCCGAAAGGAAGGGGAGGGGGUAGCUGCAGCAAGAGACAACAAGGAAGAAGAGAAGGAACAUGAGAGCAAAGCUGGAAGUGAGGCCACGGAGGGGAUAGCAAGCGCACUUGGGGGGGAGGCUGUUGGGGCCCUUGAGGCAAAUGAGACAGGGGAAGCUUGGGGAGGAGGGAACAGGGGUGAUCAGUUAGAUAAGGGCGGGGAAGAGGGCCCUGCCGAUGCAGGCGGGACUGGGGACAGUGGUAACAAAGAGGAGAGCGCCAGAGUUGCAGAGGCAUCGAGAGAAGUUGCGGACGUUGCCGUCGAGGGGGGUAGGAAAAUUAGUGGAGGUGGUGUGGACGGGAGAGCCGACGUUAAGGUGGAAGGGGCUGGAGGAGCCGGGGCUGGAGUUGACGAGAAAGGCGCAGAGAGCAGCGGUUUCGAAGUUGAUCAGGACGAGACAGAGUUGAGUUCUGGCCAGCCUGCAAAGCAGCCGGAAAUCUCAUACUCAGAGUCCACUGCGGACGUUGAUGACAUCAACGUGGACGAAGUAGCAACGGAGGAGCCGCCACGGGAGGGAGGCGAGGUUUUUAAGCCUGGGGACGAAGAAGUUGACGGCGAAAACGAUGGGGCACCGCAAUCAGCCGGGUCUGAGGUGACAAAAUCUGUGAAGGGCAACCCCGUCAAAGUCCGGCCGCGUGUUGCGCCAACAUUCACCCUGUUUGCGGCGCUCAAGGACGCUGCCAAGACGACGCAGGAGGGGCAGUCUAUGCACGAGGCGAAGCAGGAGCGGAUGGAGCGCCUGCUGAGGCAAAAGGCGGAGAGGGAAGCGGCGAAGCAGGAGCUUGCGCGGCAGACUGCCAGCCGCAAGCCCGCCCUGGCGGAGGCUGGCCGGGGCGACCUCCAGCCUAAGCUGGAGAAAGGCAAGGAAAACCAGAACCCCCGUGGAGCACUGGAAGCGGUGACGAGUGCUAGCGGAGAGUCUGGAGAGAGAGAUGGAGCGGGACCGGAGGCAGUUCCGGAGGCGGCAGGGGGUGGUUCGCAGGGCACAGCAGCCGCCCCUGUAAAGAGCUUUUCACAGGCGUUAGCGAGCAGUUCGGAAACAGCAGAGCCGGGAGCCCCGGCAGCUGGGGCACCAAAGGUGGUGUUGACACAGGACCAGCGGAAGGCAAAGAUGAAGAGCACACGGGACUUUGUGUACAUGGAGAGAGACAGGUCAGGGCGAAUGGUGAAUAUUCUUCAAGGGUUAGAGCUGCACGAGAAUGUUCUGAACGCAGACGAGCAGGCGAAGCUGGUCAAGAGGAUCUACACCCUUCAGGAGGAAGGGCAGGCGGGGAAGCUGAUGCCCAGGACGUACACCCAGCCGCGGAAGUGGAUGCGUGGCAAGGGCCGAGUGACGAUCCAGUUUGGCUGCUGCUACAAUUACGCAAUCGACAAAACGGGCAACCCCCCUGGCAUCGUGCGAGACGAGGAGGUGGAUCCCAUCCCGCCCAUCAUCCAGAGCAUCAUCAAGCGCAUGAUCAACUGGGGCGUCGUACCCGAGAGCUGCCGGCCCGACUCUUGCAUUGUCAACAUCUACGAUGAAGGCGACUGCAUCCCUCCUCACAUCGACCACCACGACUUCCUGAGGCCCUUCUGCACACUCUCGCUCCUGUCCGAAGCAAACAUCGUGUUUGGGACCAAGCUAGAGCCAGUAGGCGAGGGCGAGUUCGCGGGGCCUGUGCGUAUCAGUCUCCCAGUCGGCUCGGUCCUGAUCCUGAACGGGAACGGCGCCGACGUUGCCAAGCACUGCAUCCCCGGCGUGCCUGCCAAGCGCAUCUCCAUUACCCUCCGUAAGAUGGACCCUGGCAAGGCGCCCUACCACCUCACACAGACCGCAAUCCACACCCCCCUCCCUGGUGCCCCCCUCCAGCCACCCCCCCAAAGCGAGAGGGGUUCUUCCGCUGACAGCUGGCGGCGCGCCCCUGAGGCCCAGGCCACGCACACCCGCUUUGCAUCGCCGGCGCCAGAUGAGAAACAGACCGAAGACGUCCAGGAAGCCUGGCCGGAGUUAGGGGGCGAGAAGAAAGCGGCUGAGGAUGGAAGUGUGCCAGAGGUUGCGGCGCCUGUUCUGAAGGGGGCGUGGGGCAAGCGCCAGGAGGAGAAGGUGGAGACAGGGGGGCCAAAAGCGUCCCCAGUGACGGGAGCCGACUCGGAUACUAUGGAGACCGCUUCUGCAGUCGAGCAGCUGCAGGAGAAGGAACCGGCGCCGGUUACAGAACCAGUCGAGCCGUCGGUUGAGAAGGUGGUUAGCGGGGAAGGCGAUAGUAAAUCAGAACCGAACCCAGAAGAAAAGACGAGGUUAGAAGUGAAGGCGCCGGACGUCAAGCCGAGAGCCUCGGAGCUGGGGCUAGCAACGGGACCCUGGUCAAAAGUUCUGGCGUCUACUCUUCGAGCGGCGGCCCCCCCUUUCGAAGUGCCCCCAAAGCGGCUCGCGUCCCCCGUCCUGGACGCCCCUAUCAAGAAGAUGGUUCCGUACGAGAAAGGAGCAUCCCACAAGGCGUCGUUUGACAGCCCGCCCCGGUCCAGGGGGGUCUCCCGGCCUAGCAGCACGAGCCUGACUUCGUCCCCUACUAAGAAGUGGGCGGCCUCGACGGAAACGCCCGUAGCAGCGGCGUCGGACCUGGCAAUGGCGGUGCAGAAAAUGGUGGGCGGGGAGGGGGGCCAAGCGGUGCCCCGGGCAGAAGGGGCGCCCAGACAGGAGAGCGCGCCCCCCGAAGCGGUGCGGGGACGGGCGCCAGCGCCCUCGGAUGCGUUGCUCAGACAGGGGCUCGGAAUAUCCGCUGCCGCCCCUGAGUUUGCGCCCUCAAGAAAGGAGGGAGGCGUUCGGCCGCGCUCGGGAGAUCUGGAGACGAAACAGACGGGAAGGGCGGCCACUGCCGAGAGCCUUGUCGACGAGUCAGCUUCCUGGGCUGACAUUGAGGUUGACACCGGGUCUCCCAGGCGGGGUGGCUGGCAACCGGCGCCUCGCGGGGCCUCGGCCGACCGGUUCGACCGGCCUUUGGAGCGCCCCCUGCACAUGGAAGCCCUGUUCGAGAGGCGCGAGGUGGAGAGGCGCCUGCGGGAUCCAGAGUUUGAGCGGGCCCUUGUGAGUCAGUACCUGAGACAAAACCCUGCGGCUCUAGAAGCCCAAUUGGCGGCAAACAGGGGGCCGCUUCUGGAUCCGCGAUUGGCUGACCGGACAGGAAGGGUUGGUGUUGACGGGUAUUUAAGGGAGCGGGGGGGCGGGUUGGACAGGUGGGGACACGACGACAGGGGCUUAGAGCAGGAUGCGUUCCGGGCUGCAGAUCGCAGGCGCGCUCUGGCAGCUCAAGACGACAUUAUGUAUAGCCGUCGUGGCACCGGAAGUGACCGCCGAGAGGGAGGUCCGGUCUACAGGGAGAACGGAUUUGGAAGACAGGGUUUCGAGCGUAACCAGAGAGGGGAGAGACAAGUCACGCAUCCAAAAGCAGAGGCUUUGAGAGAGGCUGGAGGUUGGUAA